AGUCGUUAUUCCAUCUAAACUGGUUUAGAAAAUCAUCUGACUUAGUACCCAUAAGCAUCCAUCUAUAUUCUAUGUUUGAUGAGAAGAAUAAUUUUCUCGGAUUUAUUUUGCUUUCCUCCGCGAUUUUUACCAUACUGGAGUGGAUGUACAUAGUAUACCUCGCCAGCAUGCUCCUAUGGGACGGAAUCAUCAAGCCGAUUAUCAAACUUCUAUACCUAGCAAUCUCAGUCUACUUAAUUUUACGAUUCACAGUUAUUUUCCUUCCAUACACAAAGUCUUACAUGUCCCAAGAAAACUACAAGCACAUAUCGAGUUGUGUCUUUAAUUUUUACAACAUAAUUAUGAAGAUAUCCAAGGAGGUGGGCACACUCAUGAACAGAGUGAUGCAGGAAAAUGGAACCAUAAACAAGGAGCUUU